ACUCACAAUUUCAAAGUUCAGCGCCCCAUGGGCCCUCCACUUCACUAGUGCAACUAUUUCUACCGGAAAACGUGAAGUGUCAACAAUAUUAUAACGUGUUUAAUAGUGUCUACAAACUGAUAUCUUUAUCUUUUCUAUACGUGUCUCUCGAGUGUUUACUGAGCGUUGAAUAAACUGCGUUCUUCACGUUCAUACAAACAUGAUCGUUUACUUGAUCAUAGUGUUAUUUUACACCAGCUGUGAGGGCUUAAAUCUCAACCAUACGAACGUUAGAACACUUCCUCAAUAUUAUCAUGGAGAGAAUACGUACUUCAACAACCUGGAGGUAUUUGUUGAUAGUAAAGAAAAAGCCACUUCGUCUUAUCCAAAUACAGGCGUGAAGGGAAUAUUAGGUUUUGCUAAAGCGGCACGCGUUACCGGUGGUACGUCAGGCCCUGUCGUCUUCGUUUCCACCAUUGAUGAACUUAGAAAUGCUGUUUCGGGUUCAGAUAAGAAAGUUGUAGUUAUUAAUAGGAACUUGCUUGCUAAUACUCUGACGAAGGUUACCUUUGGCUCGAAUAAAUCAAUUAUCGGGUCGUACGGUAAUAACAUCUUGCACAACGUGCAUCUUCGGGCCAGUCAAACCUCAGGAAAUGUUAUUUUCCAAAAUAUCGUUUUCCGGCAUGACGAAAGAAUUAAAGCUAACGAUGACAUUCAAUUGUAUUUGAACUAUGGUACGGGGUAUUGGGUCGAUCAUUGCUACUGGCCCGGGCAUAACUGGAGUGAUGCUGACGGUAGUGCGGAUAAGUUAAUUUAUGUUGGUGAGAAAGCGAAUUAUGUGACUAUCAGCCACUGCUAUUUUAAAAACCACAGAUACGGCUGUAUUUUCGGUCACCCUGCUGAUGACAAUAACAUGCAAUAUCUGGGCUACCCACGCAUAACUAUUUGCCAUAACCGUUACGACAAUGUAUUGGUUCGUGCUCCGGGACUGAUGCGCUAUGGUUAUUAUCACGUGUACAAUAAUUAUAUUGACAAUUUCCGUAUGAGUUUUAUAUUCUUGUCACACGCCAAUAUUGUCUCUGAGUCGAAUUUCUUAGGUAAAGGCUCCCAAGAUUAUAGACAUUUAGGUGAUAACGCAGAUGCGAAAUUCACAGAUCAUAAUAGCGUACCUAAGCUGACACCAAAAUUGUCACGACCAGCCGACUGGACGCCCAAUUCUAACUAUAACUACAAGCUUAUGACUGCUGCUGAAGCGAAGGUUUGGAAUACUGCACAUUCGGGUGUGGCUAAUUCAGCGAAUCAACUCUAUUUCGCUGAAUAAAAUUUAUUAUUAAUGGAAUGCCUAUUUCAUGCACUUAUGAGGAAAAUAAAUACUAUAAGACACAAAGACUACAAGUAAAUAUACAGAAUAUCAAACGCAGAGUGCACAUUGCAAUGUGUAAAAGAUAAAAGACAGUAUUAGAACUCACGUUUUGUCAAAUUGAUCCCACAAAUAGUU